UCGAGAAGUCAGGUGGUUGUUGUGUUUUUAUUUGUAAAAAUAAAUAAAUAAAUAAUUUUCGUAAAACGAAAUAUAAAAAUGUCUACGGAAGUGGUUUUAGUGAUAGAUUUCAAAAAGGUCUGUCGUGCGUGCUUACUAGAUAGCGGGCCCAUGAAAGACUUGUUCAUGGUUUGCACACCUGAAGUUUACAAAUUCUGUACUUCUGUUGAGUUGGAUGAAAGUGAUGGUCUGCCUCGCCAGAUAUGCCAAGCUUGUCUGGAUGUACUGAACAAGUCAUAUUAUUUCAAACAAACUGCGGUUCGUUCCAACCUUAUAUUGAAACAACAAUUUUUAGAUGAGCAGGAACCUGUUAAACUGGAAAGUGAACCUAAUCAUAUCUUAGAAAUGAAUGUGCCGGAAAUAGAGGAUGACAUGCUCAGUCAGAAUCCUCCUUCAGAAGAUGAUAUGCCACCUGACCGCUCCAUGGAACCAGCUGAAAUUAUUAGGAGAAUAAGAAAGCGAAGAGAGCUAGAAAAACCGAUGAAGAAAAGGACAAGAAUGAAAUGCCCAAAAUGUGAGAAAUCAUUUCAAAAAUACGAAAAUUUCGAAGCGCACUUGAGAAUACAUUUUGGUAAAAAGCCGGAUAUAAAAUGUGAAUAUUGUGACAAGACUUUUCCAGCUGUUCGAAACCUCCAAAGUCAUAUACGCACACACACAGGCGUUCGUAAAUAUCAGUGUUUGACUUGCGGUAAAAGCUUUGCUUAUUUAAAUGUACUGAGGAAUCAUGAAAUGAUACAUGCUGGUGUUAAGAAGUAUGUCUGCAAUAUAUGUAAUGCCAGUUUUGUACAGAGUAGUAAUCUGAAGUCUCAUAUAGAAUCUCAUAGUGAUCAAAAGAACUUUAGUUGUAUGCAAUGUGGCAGGAAAUUUAAACAUCAAGGCAAUUUCAAAUCGCAUCUAAUUAGGCAUUCAGGUAUUAAGAACUUUGCCUGCCAGAUCUGUGAUAUGAGAUUUUAUAUUAAGGGAGAUUUACGCAAACAUAUGCGGUCGCAUUCGUCUGAAAAACCAUAUGCUUGUGAAUACUGUGAUAAAACUUUUAAAACUCAGAGUUUUAAGACAGUCCACAUGAGGACCCAUACAGGUGAGCGUCCAUUUGCUUGCGACUUAUGUCCGAAACGGUUUAUGGCGCGAAAAGAGUUAAGGACACAUAGAAUGACUCACACGGGUGAGAAACCCCACAAAUGUCAACUUUGUGACCAAGCGUUCAUACAAAAAGGUGCUUUAAAUCGACAUAUGAAAGGACAUAUGCAGAAGGAAGCGGAAAAACCACAGAAUAUAUUACUUAGGACAAGGCUGCAAGGAUCUGUGGCCGAAUAUUCACAGUGGAAUACUGAUUUCGUAAAACGAAAUAUAAAAAUGUCUACGGAAGUGGUUUUAGUGAUAGAUUUCAAAAAGGUCUGUCGUGCGUGCUUACUAGAUAGCGGGCCCAUGAAAGACUUGUUCAUGGUUUGCACACCUGAAGUUUACAAAUUCUGUACUUCUGUUGAGUUGGAUGAAAGUGAUGGUCUGCCUCGCCAGAUAUGCCAAGCUUGUCUGGAUGUACUGAACAAGUCAUAUUAUUUCAAACAAACUGCGGUUCGUUCCAACCUUAUAUUGAAACAACAAUUUUUAGAUGAGCAGGAACCUGUUAAACUGGAAAGUGAACCUAAUCAUAUCUUAGAAAUGAAUGUGCCGGAAAUAGAGGAUGACAUGCUCAGUCAGAAUCCUCCUUCAGAAGAUGAUAUGCCACCUGACCGCUCCAUGGAACCAGCUGAAAUUAUUAGGAGAAUAAGAAAGCGAAGAGAGCUAGAAAAACCGAUGAAGAAAAGGACAAGAAUGAAAUGCCCAAAAUGUGAGAAAUCAUUUCAAAAAUACGAAAAUUUCGAAGCGCACUUGAGAAUACAUUUUGGUAAAAAGCCGGAUAUAAAAUGUGAAUAUUGUGACAAGACUUUUCCAGCUGUUCGAAACCUCCAAAGUCAUAUACGCACACACACAGGCGUUCGUAAAUAUCAGUGUUUGACUUGCGGUAAAAGCUUUGCUUAUUUAAAUGUACUGAGGAAUCAUGAAAUGAUACAUGCUGGUGUUAAGAAGUAUGUCUGCAAUAUAUGUAAUGCCAGUUUUGUACAGAGUAGUAAUCUGAAGUCUCAUAUAGAAUCUCAUAGUGAUCAAAAGAACUUUAGUUGUAUGCAAUGUGGCAGGAAAUUUAAACAUCAAGGCAAUUUCAAAUCGCAUCUAAUUAGGCAUUCAGGUAUUAAGAACUUUGCCUGCCAGAUCUGUGAUAUGAGAUUUUAUAUUAAGGGAGAUUUACGCAAACAUAUGCGGUCGCAUUCGUCUGAAAAACCAUAUGCUUGUGAAUACUGUGAUAAAACUUUUAAAACUCAGAGUUUUAAGACAGUCCACAUGAGGACCCAUACAGGUGAGCGUCCAUUUGCUUGCGACUUAUGUCCGAAACGGUUUAUGGCGCGAAAAGAGUUAAGGACACAUAGAAUGACUCACACGGGUGAGAAACCCCACAAAUGUCAACUUUGUGACCAAGCGUUCAUACAAAAAGGUGCUUUAAAUCGACAUAUGAAAGGACAUAUGCAGAAGGAAGCGGAAAAACCACAGAAUAUAUUACUUAGGACAAGGCUGCAAGGAUCUGUGGCCGAAUAUUCACAGUGGAAUACUGAUGUUUGACCUAAAGGCUUAAAGUGUAUAGAUGAAACGGAAGUACCUGAAUAAUUUUAUUAAUAAUAAAAAUAAAAAAAUAAUUCAAAGGUGUGAGCAAUUUGUGCACUUAUGAAAAUUAAAAACAGGAAAGAUUUUUACUGGUUCUAUUUUCUUGUUAGAAUUUCUGAAAAAAUUAAAACUAAUGGUGUUUAGUCAAUUCCAUGGUUUGAACCUGUAAGAAUUAGUUUAUUUUAUUACUUUGUUUAGAAUAUUAAUGUCCAAGACAUUUAGGAUCUUUACAUGAGCAGAACAGAUAUAGAAAUGCUUGAGAUCAUAAAAUACAAGGAAUUCUGUAUUUUUUUGCUCACUAGAUGGUGCUAGUGUGCACCCCAUUCUUCGUCCAACAGGGAAUUAGCUAGUGUUGAUUAUUUUACAGCCACAGCGAUUGGACAAAAAUACUUGUUGAUAGAUUAGCGCUAUCUAGUGAGCAAAACAGUGUGCGUUAGCCCAGGCCAGGCCAGAUGUCGAAAAUGGUUAUAAUUUCUUAUAUAACCAUUUUCGACAUCUGUCGACAUCUGUCGAAAAUGGUUAUAAUUUCUUAUAUAACCAUUUUCGACAUCUGGCAUAUAAAAUAUAAGAUUGAAAUCAAUCUUAUAGAAAAUUAGUUGUGAGGCUUAUGUAAUAAUUGCGCACAUUUUUAAAUUUGUUGCGCUAAUAGUUUUUUAAUUAUUUAUUUCACAAAAACAUUUCCUGCUGGG